ACACACACACACACACAUAUAAAUCAAAUUAAGCUGAGCGUUUUGCCAUAUAUAUGGAAACUAACCAGGAUCACAAGCUACUUGGCAAUUGUACUGUAUGAUUCAAGUUAAUUUGACUAGUGAUGCAUCGCUUGAGUUUUAGUUAUCAAAUCUUUUUGAGAAAAAUCAACCGAUGACUAAACCAGAGUACAACCGCUGAUAAUCCACUUGGUUUCAAGAUGGAAAUGGAACCUCCAUUUGAAGAUUUGUACAAGGCCCUUUCCAACAAGAGAUCUAGCAUUAAUUAUGAUCAAUCUCUUCUAAAACCAAAGGAUGAUGUUAUUGUUACUGAAAGUGUAGAACUGCCUCUGAUCGAUCUCGAUCGUCUGAAUUCUGGGCAAUUGGAGUACGAGAAUUGCUUAAACGACAUGGCUGAAGCUGCAACUCGCUGGGGUUUUUUCCAACUCAUAAAUCAUGGGAUUCCAGAGGACGUUUUAAAGAGGAUAAUACACGAGCAAAAGAAACUAUUCCACCAACCAUUCUCCAACAAAUCUCAACCUAAUUUCUUGAAUUUAUCUGCGAAUAGUUACCGCUGGGGUAACCCUAAAGCUACUUCUUUAACGCAGUUUCACUGGUCAGAAGCAUUUCACAUGUCUAUCUCUGAUAUUUCAAGGAUUGAUCAAUAUCAUUUCAGCAGUCUCAGGAAAACAAUUGAAGAGUAUUCAGUAAAAGUUGACAACCUUGCACAAAGAAUAUCAGAGCUUCUAGCAACGAAGUUGAGUAGUAUUAAGUCGAGUUAUUUUCGAGACAAUUGUAAGCCAAGCUCUAGUUAUAUUCGAAUGAACAGAUACCCCCCUUGUCCUUAUUCUCCCAAUAAAAUUACAGGCCUUCUCCCUCAUACUGACAGUGAUUUCCUCACCAUUGUUUACCAAGAUCGUGUUGGAGGCUUACAAUUAAAAAGGGACAAUGGUUCAUGGGUUAGUGUUAAACCCUCUACAAAUGUUCUUAGUGUCAACAUUGGUGACUUAUUUCAGGCAUUGAGCAAUGGUGUUUACAAAAGUAUCGAACAUCGAGUAAUUGCUCCUCAAAAAGUAGAAAGGUUGUCAAUCGCAUACUUUUUAUGUCCUUCCCAUGAUGUCAUUAUACAAAGUUGCAGUAACAAGCCACCCAUUUACAAAAACUUCAGUUUCAAAGAGUAUACCCUACAAAUUCAACGCGAUGUUGAUUCAAUUGGUGAUAAAAUUGGCCUUUCAAGGUUUCUCUUCUAACAUAUAUAUAUAUAUAUAGGUAUAAAAUUCAAUACCCAUAUGUUCAAUUAAAAUUGUAGUCUUUUUUUACAGUUAUGACUAUAAAAGAAAUGAUAUACAGU